AUGCUAACUACUUAUACAUCGCACACGUACAGAUAUCUUACCAAACUUACGGAUCAUCAACUCUGUUUAAUGAGUGAAUCCGACUUGGAAUGUUUUACUAAGAAUUUGGAGAAUGAGGGAGAAUACAAAGAUUUUAAAAUAUUGCCAGGAUUUCAGAUUCAUUUGCCACAACAAAUAAUUUCAGAUAUUCGUGAUGGAUAUUCUCUGCGACCUACUGUGGUUGAAUCUGUAACUAGUCAAACAUUAAUCACCAAAAAAAUUAUUGGCACAUCGAAAAUCAUUCGAUGUGCUCUUAAUACUGAGUAUAGAAGGUUUAAAGAAGAUUUUUGUAAAAAGCUUGAUGGGCAUGCUUUACGUAUAAGCAAAAAUAUGACUUUUAAAAAUUUAGAAAUAUUGAUUAAAAACGGGUUGCCUGAAAUGGAAGAAGAGCUACUCGGUCCUUACAGAAAGAAGUUAGAAGAUGUGAAGACACAAAUAGAGCUUAAGAAAGCGCAAGAAAGGGACUCCAUAAAAGAAGACGCAGAAAUUUUCACUAAAUAUGUUUGGACAAAAUUAAGACAAGAAUACAUUGAAUUUGAACUACUAAUUAAUAAAGAAUCGACUAACAAUCUCACUACGCAACAAGUCAAUGAUAAUGAGACCAUGAAUCAAAGAAUCGAAAAUAUCAAAUUAAAAUAUCAGGCUGAGUGUGAUCAAAUAGAGAAUUCUUUGAAGAUAAAUUCGAAAGGAUGGAAAAUAUUAAAAAAACGAUAUUUUUUCUUAAGCAUUUUUAUACAAGAUUUAUUCAGUGACAUGGAUCAAGAUGGAGAUACACAGUCACAGUUGUUAAAUGAACAAGUUAGGCAAUCAAUGUGUCAGGUAAUAUUUAAUAUAUUCAUGGACAAGGAAUUGGAUUAUAACAAGCUCAUAAAGAAGUAUUUUGUGGGGAAAGAUCAGGAAAAAAUAGAAGAGAAGAAAAGUUCUUGGUCGCUUCAAUCGCUAAUGAAAUCGUUGGCAAACAUAUUUCGAACUGAUAACUCCAAAUUUAAUCGCGCUUUGCACCAUGCAGAAACAUCAGUUACCAAAACAUCUGACAGAAAUUUUAUUAAUGAAAUUAUUUCAAUGGAAUUUGAGUCUCUUUCUAAACAAAAGCAUGAAAUUAUUGAUUUAUUUCUGAAGGAAUAUGAAAGUUGGAAGAGAAAGAUCUUUCCAGGAAAUAUUCAGGCGAUUGUUCCAAAAUACAAUGAAUCUUAUAUGAAAGAAGUUACUAAAAAAUUUGAUUCAGAAUAUUUACGCUCUAAAGAAAUAAUAGAAGAGAAAGAAUUUAAUAUAAUCUGCAAAGAAAUAGAAAACAAGUUUCCCACAGGGCAUAUUUUAAAGAUAUUGAAUUUAUAUGAGAACCUUUCUUUUAUAAAAGAAUAUACAAACUAUCAAAUAUCUUACGAAAUCGAAACCAUCAAGUCUGACCAACUCAAAAUUACAAUCUAUCAAAUGUCAAUUGAUGGAGGAGAUAGUUUUCUACAUUCUGAAGACGAAUUUUAUAUCCUCACACCAAAAUUCAAUCAUCAAUAUAUCAGUAAUAUCGAAAAUUCUUUCCAAAUAAAUCUAGAAACUCACGAAAUUAGGAAUAUUUCACAAAUUGAAAAUAAAUUUUUUCUCGCGCUAUGGAACAACAAUGAAAAUCGACUGGAGAUAUAUUUUGACACUGCAUCCCGACUAUCAUCAUCUAUUCAAUCUAAUCCAUUCAAAAUAUUAUAUCCAGAGAAAAGCUCCCUUAUUUCUGUAAAUGAGUCUAAGGGGUUAAUUGGAUCUUAUAAUAUUAAUUCGGGAGUUCUAAAUGUUUACACAUUUGAUGAGAAGUUUAUUACUCUUAUUCCAUGGGCCACCAAUGUUCAGUUAGUUCAGUGGUAUAGUCAUAUGAAGAAUGGUCGCUGCAGAAUUUAUAUGAUAUUCUACGAUCAAUUCCGACCUUGUUCGUUGCAAUUACCACCAGAAUCAUCCAAAGUUCUAAGUACACCCGAUGGAUCAUGUAUUGUGGCUUUCACAAAAGAUACCGUGUUAGAACAGGAAAACGAAAACAACGAUGCUGAUAGUAAAACCGAAAAAGCAGACCGUUAUAAUCCAGAAAAUCAAAUGGAAAUUAUUAAAGCACAUGUAUUUUUUUGUGCAAAUUUUGGUAGCCCUGCUAUUAUACCUAUGCCAAAAAAUAUGCAAUCCGUUGAACAUUUUCAAUUCUCUUAUAUCAAGAAACAACAAAUGCAUCUUACUACCCUCGAUGUAGUUAAUGGACAGUUUUGUUCGUUGAUUACUAAAAUUACACUUGAAAAAACAUCGCGCAAGUUUCAGCGGAGAUCUAACAAAAAAUUAAUGGGAAAAGUAAGGAUUUUGUCAUCCGACUACCGAAAUGACAGCCAUUCAUUUUUAGAAGGAAGGGAUACUCGAUUCUCUAAGAACGUUUUGGUUGGAGAAAGUAUUGUUAUUCAAAAUGAAAAAAGGUGUAUUCUUGAAAUACAAUCAAACACGAGAUUGAAGAUUGCAGGAGCCUUUUCAAAUAUCGCAGAUCUACAUUCAUGGAUGGAUUUUCAAAUUGAACCCCAAACAAAUAUUAAUAGCUUUGUCAACGUGUAUCAAUACAUGUUUGAAAAAUACCCAAUUGAUAGCUGCUGUAUAGAUACCGAACAAAAUAAGUCUUUGAGCUUGACUAUAACCCUGGAUUUGUCUGGUCGCAAUGUUGAAGAUUACGAAGAAGGAUUCAGAGAUUAUGUCUACGAGAUGUUCGAAGAAUUAAAACGUUCCACAAAAAAACCAGCAAACAGCCUAAAAAAAUUCAAGAUUGAGAAACAAGAAGCGAGAUAUACAAAUGCACAAACCUUUUUACAGAACACAAAAAUUAUUAUGACAAAAAUUAUGAUAUGCGAUUGGGGUUCUUUGGAUGACAAUUUGAUCCAAAUUCGCGUGUCUACAUUAAAGAAAUUGCUUCGAACGGCUAUAUCCAAAGGUUUAGAAGAAAAGAAUCCAACAAUUGUGAGCUUGAUGAAUCAUAACACGAGAACAAAGAUUGAUGAUCCUGUGGUCAUGCUGUCUGAAAUAUAUGAAGACUUUGACAAUUCUAAGGAGCUUCUUUGUGAUGAGGGCAUACUUCUUUUCGAAGAAAAUAUCGAUUUCAUGCGUUUGUCUGCUGAUCUGAGAAAGGACAUUAAUAACAAAAAUCAAGGUACAAUAAAUCAAGAGCUGAAUUCACAAAGACAACAACCACAGCAACAGCAACAGUCUUGUCAAAAUAUUGAU